GGUUGGCAAGUGAAAAAUUGGUGGGAGAAGAAUUGGUGAGCAAAGAAUUGGUGAACAAAGAAUUAGUAAGCAAAGAAUUGGCCGAAGGUGGAUUAAUGAACGAAGAAUUAAUUCACAAGCCAUUAGAUACCACACAUUUCAAGAAUGAUGAGUGGAACAAAACUACAGAAUUUCAUGAUAAUCUUUUAAAUGACGAUUAUGAUAUUGGUUAUAAGGUUUGUUCACAGUGUAAAAAAGCCAGAGAAAACAUUAAAUCUCAAAACCGCCCCCGGAUUGUUGCUGUUAAGAGUUUUCAUGAUUCUGUUUCUGAAGAUUUGGAAUUUCUGAAUGAAUGA